AUGAAGUACUUCACACCACAUCUUCCCACCGAAAGCCACGCCCACAUUCUGCCGACUAAAGCCCAUAACAACAUCUCAACUGGGCUUCAAGGACCUACAGGCACCUCUAACCGCUCCUCUCGCCAAACACCCACCAAGGAAAGCGACAACGCAUACAUCAAGCGCAUCGAAGAGAAUACCGCCAGAGAUGCUGGUGAAAUAAGCCACAAGCACGACUGCCUUGAUCAAGCAAUCUGGACACGCGUGAAGAAGCUAGCGAAGAAGACAUCGCACUGCCUCCAAAAGGAACCGGAUACCGCUAAGCAAGCGAAGAAGCCAAAGCAAAGUGCUCCCGCAUAUGGCGAAUACUCCAUACCCUACAUUUUCAGUUAG